AUGAGGUAUGAUGGCGGCCCAACCUCGAUGGAAGACUAUUUGUACAGACUCACUGCAGAGACAAAGUUUCACCCAAAGCCUGCAACUGAGCUGGAGCCACCCAAGUUGGUAAAGGUCAACUUAGAGAGUAUCCGAGUGAGGUUCCAGAAAUGGCUCAGCCGUGCCUUUUUCAACUGGGACAAGCUGUUGCGGUUGACCUCCUGCCCCAGUGACCUCUACAACCCCGACGAUGGCUUUAUAGAUCCAGUGCAACAGGGUUGUAAAGCCUUGUCGCUCUUGAUGGUGCAACAACUGUACACUCUUCUUGCCCGCAAAGCAGCCAUCAGACUUGGUUUUCGCCAUCCAGCCAGUCGGCAAUACAAUCGCAGUCACACCUAUUUGGAAGAGAUCCCAGCGGGAUGCGCCUAUCUCAUUGAGCAAUUUGGAAUUACUCAACGACUUCAGGUGUCCGGAAACUAUGAGGUCCUUCACGUUUGGGAUGGUCAGCACAAGGACUCCUUUGGUGUCGCUCUCCCCGAAGAUAUCCAACAUGGCGCAAUAAAGGGUUGUUCUGUCUUUCUCCACCGUUUGCGUGCUGCUGGAGUCGAGAUGCGCCGAGUCAACCUGGACUGCCCCGAACGUACCCCAUGGGACUCUAUGGUUAUCACCAGAAGCUCAGAAGGGAAUGGUCUCGAUCUAGCUACGACCUAUUCCAUUCAAGAAUAUGAGUUGCCUCGCGAUGUCUUUCUUUCCUUUGUCUUUUGCGGACCUCAUGAAUCUGCUGGGUCAGCCAUUGAGCGGUAUUCCACUAGGCGACCCACCGAGAUCAGCCAGCGAAAGCUCCCGACGAAUGAACCAGUUGCGAAGAUAUGUACGGUUGGCCGUGGUGUCAACGAAUUUGACGCCGUCGGCUUUUAUCAAGUGCUCUUCCGCUAUGGUCCGGCAAAGCUGGGAGACCGCUACGUCUAG